GUCUCCUCACACGCGCGCCGCGGCUCGGAGUGACACACGCUCAGACGUGACGCCAGCUGAGCUGCAUGUACAGAGCGAGCAGGCAGGGAAGCUGUUACACAUCUGGAUCAAACCAACACGGAGGGUCGUGCAGCUCGGGCCACCACAGACAUGAGGACCGCUGCGCAUAAAUGAUGAAUACACUACGGGACCGCCGCUCUUGAUCUUUGCGUAGGCCCAGAUGCCUCCCCUCCCUCUUGACGAGCGCAUAGUGGUCAUUCAGCGCCCUAAAAACUUAGCCCUCUGUGAGGCCUCCCCGCAAACCGUCCCGCAGCACUCCUCUCAAAUAACAGCCUCCGCUAAUGGACAAGUCGCCCACCCUCCUCACUUCCACCAGUCUCAGUCCCAUUUCUAUUCGCCUUCUUGCAAACCCCUGACUGUGGAAUGCAAGCGCAGGUCCUCGCGCGUGCAGACAUUCAAAGGCGACCUGCCGGCCGUCCCGCCAAGCAGCAGGCACAUCCCUAGCCACUGCCACAGCAAUGGCACAGUGACUCUCGGCCCACGGCUGCCCUCCCACACGCAUACUAUUGAUAUCAGGGUGACGGUAGACAAAGGCGGACGGGCGGGAGGAUUCAGCAACUCAUUAGGACGGAGCGGAAGUGUGAAAGGUGGCAGAGGGAAGUGCUUCUCUCCACCACUGGAUCAAGGACAAUGUGAGAGGAAACCCACGCUCGUGGGAAGGCCAGGUGGAGUCGAUUACAAGUCACAGCGAAUUCGUCAGCUGUCAUCUUCCCCUGGAGGAGUCUUACAGUUUGUCCCGGCUCAGGCGCAGCAGCAUAAGUUCAGGAGUGAAAAGGAAAAGGAAAACGCAAGUUUUCUCACCAGAAACAACCACGAAUUUCCUUCUCUGGGUCACAAGAAGAACUCCAAACUGGGAACUGUUCAUCAAAGCCAUAAUAGUCACAGUCUGCCCUACCACCACAGUUCUGUCCCUGUGCCCCAUGCCUCCAUCCUAAACUCCAACUAUUCCUCCUCCCCUCCUUCCCAACCCACCCAUGUCCCAGCCUCGUUUCAACAGUCCAGCCAGCCUCACCCUCCCCGUAUCAGGGACCACCGCCCUCACAUUCUCCAUGGUCUACCCCUCUCGCCCUGCUCCUCCCACGCCGGAGGGUUUCCCAGCCCAGACCAUACCUGCACCAUCGACUGCACGCACCCGUUCAGCUGUGGCUGCUGGAGGUUGGUAAGAUGCAGAGGGUGUAAGGGCCACUCUGCCAACUUCCAAGGAGGUGGAGGAAGCUCCACCACCUCGUUUACUUGUGGUCACAAUGCCGGGGCAGUGAAAAGAAGAGAAAAAGAUAUGGGCCUGAAAAACCUUGCUGGUUGCCUCUCCACCGCCUCCACCUCCAACACCUCCUCCUCUAACAGCACGGCAUCCGACUGCCGGGCAAACCUGUUCAAACCACUCCGGUGUGCCUCCUGCUCUGGCGAGGCUGGAAACUUCGAGAGCCCCGCAAUCCUACGUAAAAAACUAGUAGGAGGAUGUCUGCCCUGCGCCCCGCUGUCCUCUUCGGCCCCUCUGAGGGCGAUACAGAGCUGUGUCACAGGCUGCAAUCCCAAAGCUUCUCAGACAGGAAGUUCUACCUGCAGCUACUGCAGCAGCGAUCCCAUUGUCGUGACUUUCAACCCUCGGCGAUGCAAACCCCCAGGAAGAGGCAUUGGGGCAGCUCAUCCUAUGGCUGUGUUCCAAGCUGAUGAUGAUGACUACAGUGUGCGCACCAUCUGGCCUGAAGAACUCGCAAAGAAAAUGACCCAUUCGAAAGCCCAAAAGAAUCAUUGUGCCGGCAUGGGGGUCGGGAAAUCCUGUGGAGGUCAGGCAAAGAAUGGCAGUAAUGGUACAGGCAUGGUCCUCCUGGACUGUCAAAACCUCCAGGAAUAUGGGCAAACUCAGCUCACAGACCAUGCUGGCAGAAGGCGGCUCCAGCAGGGCAAAAUGGCCGCCCUUGAUUUUGUGGGCUGCAGAUCGGGUUCUGGCUAUGACGAUGGCCGCAGCUCGCUGAAGAGGCUCUUGAAUAAGGCGGAAGAUGCAGGAAUGAGUGACGGUCCCGAGCAGGAUGAGGACGCUUCAUAUCCCCGAUCCCCGUCUCCACGCUCCGCAUCGCCACCGUCGCCGGUGUCGUUUUCCCCUCCGCCGUCCGCCCCCACCACGCUCAUCAAACCCAAACCCUGGCAGAGAGACAGGGAGGGAGGACACUCUCUGCCGUCAGCUCAGUCUCUUCACCUGGCUCUGAACUCGCUGAACAGAGAGCAAGACGAGGAGAACAGCAGAAUGCACCUCUCUCUGCCGCUGUCCUCUUCAUUGCCGGCUUCGCUGUCCGAUGAGUCAGUGAUGACCCCCGAUGCAGAAAACGCUGUGGUCAGUCCGAUCCUGCCUUUCCUGUUUCUCGGAAACGAGAGAGACGCCCAAGACCUGGACCUGCUGCUGCGCCUCAACAUUGGCUACGUGGUGAACGUGACCACGCACCUGCCCCUCUACCACGUCAACUCUGGACUGCGCUACAAGCGGCUCCCGGCCACCGACAACAGCAAGCAAAACCUUCGACAAUACUUUGAGGAGGUUUUCGAGUUCAUUGAGGAGGCAUAUCAGAGUGGACAGGGGGUGUUGGUGCACUGCCAGGCAGGGGUGUCUCGUUCCGCAACCAUCGUCAUCGCCUACCUUAUGAAGCACACCCUCAUGACAAUGACAGAUGCCUACAAAUACGUGCGGAGCCGUCGCCCGGUGGUCUCGCCCAAUCUGAACUUCAUGGGCCAGCUUCUGGAGUUCGAGAGGGACCUCAACUCUGGGGUGACUCCUCGUAUCUUGAUGCCUAAACUCAACGGAGUGGAGACGCAGGUGUGAGAGAGGUCAGGGGUCAAAGAAGGCGCGCAGCUCCCCGACACGCCGCAGAGACGAACAUGAAUCAAAU